GGAGGUGUUCGGACUGUACAUAUGGAGGUAGGGAUUUUCGGCUUUGAUCACGACCAAAUGAUUGGUAAUGAAGACUUCAUGCAAGUUUUUAGUCAUGAAGAAAUCGGCGUCACCGUUGUCAAUACAUAUAUUAGGUUUUUGUAUGACAAAUUGAUGCGCCCCAAUGGUUUGGACGUGUCAUUCGGAUUCUUAGCACCCGCGACCGUCAACUUAGGUUUAAUCUUAAGUAGACCGAAUACCGUGACGGAGUACGUUCUUCGGAUCCUCAUGGACAAUAAAGAUGCGGAGAAGUUGUUUUUUAUACCGUUUAAUACCGGGUUAGCAUUUCAUUCUAAAUUCAUCUAUUAUAAUUAUUUUCCAAGUUACCAUCUAACAUUUGACUAAUCAUUACAGUGGACAUUGGUUGUUGCUCGCAAUCAAUCCUAUCCGAGAAAUUGUGUAUUAU